CUUUCACAGCUUUCAUAGAAUUUCUUUCUGUGCAUACCAGUUUAAGAAAGCAUCCCUAUUCACAUCACAACAAAGAAAUAAUUAAAGAGCUUCAAGAAAAAAAAAAGGUCCCACGCCAGAGGGCACCACUAAUGGGAUUUUCAAUCAUUAAACUAGUGACUACGAACUAGGGAAAUUCGGUCUUCACUAUCUCACACUUUAUCUCUUAUAAAAACCCAAAUCGUCCAUACAAAGUUGGUAGCAAUUUUACUCUCUCUGGCCAAUUUUCAAACAGUUUUGACAAAAUGGCAAUGGGGUUUGGCUUAGACCACUUCCCAUUCAGACUGUCACUACUGGUUGUGGUUUGUGUAUCCAUUAUGGGUGGAUUUGUAAUGGCAGAUCCAGCCAAGGACAGAGAAGAGUGUACACAACAAUUGGCAGGGCUUGCCACGUGUCUUCCUUACGUUGAUGGUGAAGCCAAGGCUCCCACACCAGACUGCUGUAGCGGUCUCAAACAGGUUCUGAAGGAUAACAAGAAGUGCUUGUGUGUUAUAGUUAGAGACCGUAAUGAUCCUGAUCUGGGUCUCCAAAUCAAUGCGACUCUUGCUUUGGGGCUUCCUUCGGUUUGCAAUGCUCCUGCCAAUGUCUCCAAGUGCCCCGAGCUUCUUCACAUGGAUCCUAAAUCGCCCGAAGCUCAAGUUUUCUACCAGUUGGAAAAGAACUCUACUGGAAAUGCUGAUGCACCUGCACAAAGCCCUACAGCUGGGGGUCCAGUGAGUACUAAAAGCCAGGGGAUGAGUUCUGGAAGCAGGACACAAGGAUAUUUCAGUGGGAAUAAAGGGCUGGGAUCUGACAUAUUAAUCCGAGGGGUUAUGCUUUGGUAUUUCAUGGGUCAACACUUGUUGAUAUAGCUAGGGGCUUCAUAUGGAUGUCGUUACUCUGAUCAAUGACAAUAAGAUUAUGAGGAAAGGAAAAAGUUAAUGAGGAAAACUGGUAUUUUUUUGGUUGCUAUGUAAAUGAUUACAUUUUAUACCACUUUGUGUGUUGUGCUGGGGAUGGAAAACUAAUUUGACUUUGUUUGUGAUAUGGAAAACAGGCUUGUAUUGGGUAUAAUAAGACUCUUUAAAUUCCAUGUAUUCUAUGGUUUAUCUACAAAUGGAUAUUGUUUUAUUUUAUGGUUAAUAAAAAAAAUAUCAAUAUUAAGUUCA